AUGUGUACAUCCCACCACAGAGGUCAGUGUGAGGGGCUGACAUUCCAUCUCAUUGCUGUGUGUAAGCUUUACUUUCUAUGGUGCUGGCAGCCAUUUUAUAAUCACUUUGGAGGCUGUGGAAGAGAGCUGAGUGGGAACUAUGAGUUCUGAUAUAGAGUUCAGGGAGGAUAGAAAUCAAGGAGUAACUAAACAUAAUACUACAUUGGUGUAGCACAGUUUGGAAUAUUUAAGUUUUCCUCAUUUAUGUGCCUAGAUUUUGCUUAACAGGGGCUUAAAGCAACAUGCAAUCCUUCUGAGAAAACUGUCUCAUUCAGUAGCUCUAUAACUAAAUUGGCUGCAAAGCAGUCACCUUUACUUUCAUAAAUAAAAUGUUUGUUUUAAAACUUUCACUCUUUUUAACUUUAUGUGUACACCUAACAAACCCUUGGUAUCUAAAUAUUUCACAUUUAAUGACAUUAUUAACUGGAAUAGCUCACUAAAACAAAUCACGUUUUAAUAAAAAUAUUUACCUUAAAGCAUUAACCCCUUAAGGACUGAGCAAAAUGUACACGUUUUGAUCAAAAUAAAACGUAAACAAAACCUGGCAUUUGACUAUAUGUCUGUCCAGCUGUAAUUCACCUCUUUCAUAUUAAGUGCACCCACACAUAUUGUAUAUAAUUUUAUUCAGAGGAAACAGGGUUGUCCUUUAACAUCAAAUAUUUAGCUAUAAAACAUAAUUUAAUAUGAACAAAAUGCAAAAAAAUGUGAGAAAUUAAGACAUUUUGUUAUUUUUUAUUAGUUCUGCAUGACAUUUUAACAGUGAAUGUCAUAAUACUGUUUGCUUUUACUGCAAUAAAAUACACAUAUUUGUAGUCAGCGAUGUCUCACGUGUAAAACUGUACCCCCAUGUGUAGAUUUUAUGGUGUUUUGGGAAAUUCCCUACAUUGGCUUCCUAUAAAAUAUAGAGCUCAAUUUAAAAUUCUGGUUCUUGCUUUCAAAUCGCUAAAUAAUGCUGCUCCCACCAAUCUAACCUCCCUUAUAUACAAGUAUGUCCCGUCUAGGCCCUUACGAUCUGCGGAAGACUUACGUCUAUCUUCUGUCCGUACUCCCACCUCUGAUGCUCGCCUUCAAGAUUUCUCGAGGGCUGCACCGUUCCUGUGGAACUCACUUCCCUCCUCCGUUAGAUGCUCACCCAGUCUCCACUCCUUCAAAAAAACUAUUUCUUCAUAAAAGCGUAUCAAUUAAACUGUUAAUAGCUCCUGACUGAUUCCUCUUCUGCAACUGUCACUAGUCUAAUACUAUCCUUACCUUUUUGUGUCAUUUUACCCCACUCCCUCUAGCAUGUAAGCUCAUUGAGCAGAGCCCUCAACCCCUCUGUUCCUGUGUGUCCAACUUGUCUGGUUACAACUACAUGUCUGUUCGUCCACCCAUUUUAAAGCGCUGCGGAAUUUGACGGCGCUAUAUAAAUAUCAUAAUAAUAAUAAUAAUAACGGUCAAAUGGAGAGUGCUCAAUAAUUACAACAGGGCAUAUAAAGUUGCUCUCGGUAAUAUGUCUGAAUCUUACUGAUUCCGCUCUUUUUUCUUUCUAGCUCCAUCAAGAGAGGAUAGAAAAUGGGCAGCUGUUCUGCAGUGGAUGGCAGACAUAUCUGGAAGACUUGAAAAAAUAGAGGAAAAAUUGGAAGCCAUAGCUCAAAUACAUGUACCAGUAGCAGAAGAAGAUGACACAUCCAUUUUUAGUCUUCUGGCCCUGAAGUCUUUGGACGACUUUGAAAAAUUGGAAGAUGCUUUGAAAACAAGCAAAUCUCUGAAAAAUAAACUGGUAAGCUCUUAAAUUGAGGUGUAUCCCUUUAGUUUGGCUACAGUUAGACUCAAUGUGCCUCUUUAACACAGUAAUUGGUCCAAUUGGGGAUUCAUUUAUAGUGCAAAAGAUGUAAUAACAAUACAAUCUUCUUUACACAAUGAUAUGGUGUUGUGCCUUUGCAAAAUAUCUCUUUAAUUACAGACAUGUUUUUUCCUUGUUGUCUAAGCUUGUAAAGUACUCGAUCUUUAACAUUUUAUUUUAGUAAUUCUUAUUUUGAAUGCAACAUCUGGAAAUGUAUACUUACCAAUUGGAACGGAAAAUGAGAGAGAGAGAGAGAGAGAGAGAGAGAGAGAGAGAGAGAGAGAGAGAGAGAGAGAGAGAGAGAGAGAGAGAGAGAGAGAGAGAGAGAGAGAGAGAGAGAGAGAGAGAGAGAGAGAGAGAGAGAGAGAGAGAGAGAGAGAGAGAGAGAGAGAGAGAGAGAGAGAGAGAGAGAGAGAGAGAGAGAGAGAGAGAGAGAGAGAGAGUGUGUGUGUGUGUGUGUUUUUUUUUUAUAUAAAUUUUCUUAUUUUGUAGAUAAGAGUCCUCAAGAGCGUUGGAGGGAAGAAUGAGCAUUUACUUUUAUGCAAUAUGAUGCGACGAUUAAUGGAGGAUAAUGUUGCUGAAGUCUAUAAUCUUUCCGGAACCUCGAGUAAACAUGCUGAAAGAAGGGCCUUUGCUGGUACCCAGAUAUACAAUUCAGUUCUUGGUGAGUCAAACUUUAUGUGUUUAUAAUCUUCAACAGUUACAUGGUUUUUAGGUAAAGUGAAAUUUAUUAUUUAUUGGAAUACGUCAAUGAUGUGUACAUGAAUUUAAGUGAGCAGUUAUCUUAGUGCAACAUUACGUUGAAGUGUUUUCAGAUUCUUAAUAGUUGAUUUUUUUUAGUAUUAAAGAUACAGUAUAUACUCGAGUAUAAGUCUAGUUUUUCAGCACAUUUUUUGUGCUUAAAAACCCCCACUCGACUUAUACUCGAGUCACUGUCUGUAUUAUGGCAACUUAGAGAGCCGCGGCCGUCAGAGCCAUGGCAACGAUCCGCGCGGCAACCAGACCGCGAGACUUACAGUGGAGCUGACUGUAACGGAGGAGAAGGGAGCUGACAGGAGCUGCAGGAAAGGUAAGUAAAUGCUUCCUGCCGGCCCCCCCACUUCACAGCCCAUGCCAUUGGACCACCAGGGAUUAAGAUAGCCCUCCUCCCUGACCAGUUAACAAGCAGGGAGGGGGGACAAAAUAAAAUUAAAAUAAUAAAAAAUAAUAAUAUUAAAAUAAAAAAAAUUUAAAUAAAAAUGCCCCCCCCCACCCAGUUCACACACACUACAAAAACACACACUCUGCAUUAUAUACACAGAGUGUGUGUUUGUAUGAGUGUGUGUGUGUAUUUGUAUAUAAUGCAGAGUGUGUGUUUGUAUGAGUGUAUGUGUAUAUAAUUAUAAAAAUCACAGAAUUUCAUAGCCCCAAGUUUUACCCUCGACUUAUCCACGAGGCAUAGCAUAUUUCACAAUUGUUGGUCACAAAACUGCACUCGACUUAUACAUGAGAUCGACUUAUACACGAGUAUAUACGGUAGAUAAUUUUCAGAAUGCAAAAGACCUAUGAAAUACAGUUCUUAUUUGUUGACAUUUGGAAUAUUGGUAUUUAAUAUUAAAUUGAAUAUAUUUCUAAAGUGAGAGGUUAUCUCUAAAGGCACGUUAUUUCAUUACAUAUGGAUAUAUGUCUGUUUUUCAUAUACUUGAUUAUUUAAUGUUUUUUUGCACUUGCAGAAGCAUGUCGAACAGUUUUUAAAGAUGCUACAGACUACGAUAUGAGAAAAUAUAUUGGCGAUUGGCUUAACCAAGCCCACACACGAAUUGUUCGUAGUUGCAGGUAGGUAGUCUUUUUUUUUUUUUUAAAUUGAGCCUACCGAGCCACCUCUUUUCAAUUUACUUUAACUUGUUUGUAUAGCCUUAUUGAUAAGGCACCUAGUUGUAAAUACCGCUAGUGCGUAAAUUAUUUCUUUAUAAUGCACCCUACAGAUUCCAAUUAGAAUCAUUAACUUGGAUUUUGCUAAAGAAAUGGGUGCACAUGAAAAACAUAAUGCACCUGAGACGGUUGGGUCCUGGCGGCUCUGCACCAGCGUGGCACAGUUCAGAACUUCAACCACCAGUGGGAUUCUAUGUCUCUCAGCCUAUACCUCUCUGCUAUGAGAGCGGCUCUUUUCUGCAGAUGCACAAUAUUUCCGUAAUGAUGUGGCUGGGAAUUAAGGUGUGCUAAGAGGCAUUAUUAAACAGUAAUGCAAGAAAUAUAGGCUCCUAUUCUAAGUUGGUAACUAAUAUUUCCAGGUGAUAGUGGCUCCAGUGGCAAAUAAUGGCUGCUUGCUAUUACUUUGUAUAAGACUCAGAAAUGUAGUGGUAGCUGCAGAAUAAUGAGUGAUUCUGAGUUGCUCAUUAUUUUCUAAGAAGUCAAGAAAAUAGCAAAUACUGACUCCCAAUCACAAAAUGUCCAACUCAACUUAGAUGUCAGAGUGGAGAAUGAACCAAGCUUAGCUGAGUUUUAAGCACCCAUAUUGGAUAUUAUCCCCUCUUACCUUGUUUAAGACUGCCAAUGUCCUAAUCCGUUACCAGCAGAAGCUGAGAGUUAAUAUAUCUAUUGUUUAAAAUACUCUAUUUCCAGUAUUUAACACUGAAGUUGAACUGCUGUUAGCUAGUACUGUUUAUCUCUAGAAAUUAUAUUUCGAUGCUAUGUAAUAAUUGUUGUUGUUUUUAUUUUCUCAGGUCAGCUCCAGAUCCAAGUCCAUAA